AGGACCCCAAAGCAGGAGAAAGUCGCCUUGCCCAUUUCGGGUUUAGGAUACAGGAUUAAAGUGAUCGCAGUCCCGUCGCUUUCGUCGAAACUACCAGUGGGAUUCAUGCUCUGUUGGUUAGCUAAAUGCGGUACGAAGCUAAAAUGAUGCCGAUGUUCCUGACAGUGUACCUCAGUAACAAUGACCAGCAUUUUACCGAGGUGCCCGUUACCCCGGAGACGCUGUGCCGGGACGUGGUGGAGCUGUGCAAGGAGCCGGGAGAGACAGAGUGCCACUUGGCUGAGAUGUGGCGUGGAUCUGAGCGACCUGUAAGUGAGGGGGAGAGGAUGCUAGAUGUGCUUCAGCGAUGGGGACAGCACAGGGCAGAGGUGCGCUUCUUCCUGCGUCACGACCGAGCCCCUAGCAGGGAAUCAGGAGGGUCAAGAGGCUCAGAGCCCAAGAGAAAUGGAGUGAAGGGCCCACCGGACAGGAGGAUGGAGAAUGGGGUGGCGACACCUCGGAUGGACAUGACCCUGGCUGAGCUGCAAGAGAUGGCUGCCAGACAACAGCAGCAGAUUGACGCUCAACAACAACUACUGGCUUCUAAGGAGCAGCGGCUGCGCUACUUGAAGCAGCAGGAGCAGCGUCAGCAGCAACAGGCCUCGGAGCAGGAGAAGCUGCAGCGCCUCCGGGAGAAUGUGGAGAACCAGGAAAGUCGGCUGAAGAAGGUUCGGGCCCUCAAGGGCCAGGUGGAGCAGAAACGGCUCAGCAAUGGCAAACUGGUGGAGGAGAUUGAGCAGAUGAAUAACCUGUUCCAGCAGAAGCAGAGGGAGCUGGUGGUGGCUGUGUCUAAGGUGGAGGAACUCAGCCGACAGCUAGAGAUGCUGAAGAAUGGCAAGAUGGACUCCUUCCAUGACAACCAGAGCUCCGUGGCUGAACUGGACCGCCUUUACAAGGAGCUCCAGCUGAGGAACAAGCUAAACCAGGAGCAAAAUGCUAAGCUGCAGCAGCAGAGAGAGAACCUAAACAAACGCAACCUGGAGGUGGCUGCCAUGGACAAACGGGUCAAUGAGCUCCGAGAUCGCCUGUGGAAGAAGAAGGCAGCACUGCAGCAGAAAGAGAAUUUGCCACCUCAGGUUCCCCGGUAUUCAGAGCUGCCCCAUGCCAACAAUGGCUAUCCUGGUAAAGAGAGGGCUUCAAAAGACACUCAUCUCCAGCUGCCCUCUGAUGGCCCAGCCAGUCAGCAGUCGGGUCCGUCUCGUGUGGCAGCGGUUGGUCCCUACAUCCAGUCAUCCACCAUGCCCCGCGGCCCAGUGAGGCACGAUCUGCUAGUCAAACCUGCCUACCCAGACGGCACUGCCACCCUACCAGCCCACGACGUGCAGAACAAGGGCAGCACAGGCACUCAGUCAUCCAAGCUGGCAGACUGGAGCUCUUCGGGUCCAGAGUCCAACACCAAUGGUCAUGGUCCAGCUUCAACACUACCACGAAUGAGCUCUCACUCCAGCACCAAUGUAGAACAAGAUGACACAGAAUUGAAGAGGGACAAGAAGGUACGUCCAUUUUCCAUGUUUGAGCCCACCGAAGCGCCUGCCUCCUCCCUCCGCAAGAACCAGAGCAGUGAUGACUUGGUCAGGGACGCUCAGUCUGCUGCCAAACCACCUGUCAAGGUGCCCCCUCCCGUCCCGAGCAAACCCAAAGGUCCUGUGGUCGGGCCUUACGGCAAACCAGGCCUCAACACAGGUACAUUCCCUAAAGCCAAGCCCCACAGCCAGCAGCCCCAGGCCGCCCAGGGCCGUGGCCCUCUCCCACCCUCUCAGAGCCAGACACUCCCGCUGCCUGCCAAGCAGGAUGCCCCACCUGCGGCCACAGUGAGGCCCUUCACCCCAGAGCUGCCUUCCAAAGACUCCAGCCUGAGUAAACCCCAGACCCUUGCUGCCAGCUCCAUCUACUCCAUGUACACCCAGCAGCCUGGCCCAGGGAAGUCCUUCCAGCCAGGUGUGCAGGGGGCUCUCAAUAGGUCCCAGAACCGUGGCAAUGGAUUUGUUAGUGUUUAUGGCAAACCAGUGAUCCCCAGUGGAGGUUCCCAGUACCCAGAGAACCCUUACCUGGAGCGCCGAUCCCCUGCUCCGGAGACUGAGGUUGAUCAUAACGGAACCUCGCAGGGAGGCCCUAGCCCAUCUGAGGGCCCCCAGCCAGAGGCAGAGCGCAUCCCCCGGCCCCUCAGCCCCACCAAGUUGCUUCCCUUUAUUUCUAACCCUUAUCGUCACCAGAGCGACGGGGACCUGGAGGCCCUGAGGAAGAAGCUCUACAAUGCCCCGAGGCCCCUCAAGAAGCGCAGCUCUAUCACUGAGCCAGAGGGUCCUGCGGGGCCCAACAUCCAGAAACUCCUUUACCAGAAGACCACACUGGCUGCUAUGGAAACCACUGUGACCACACCAACCACUCCCACCUAUCCUGGUGAAGCAGAAAGAGCAGCAGAGGGAUUUGUGGGGCCAGGGGCUCCAGGCACUCUGAGUGGUGCAGAGAAUAGCCAGUCAGAGGGAGGUCAGACUGUGGAGGGAGGACAGAUCCCCGCUCAAAUUCCAGGUCCUAAUGUCACCAUCUCAGUCCCAGCUGAACAGAUCAACCCUCCUUCAGCUAUCCCAGAAAGCGAGGACAUUAUCCCCCCUCCACCCCCAGCCCACCCUGCCCCCAGGCCAGAUGACGUUCUCUUCCCACCACUGCCCCCUCCUGGCCCGGAUGCAACAAUAUCCAGCCUGCCCCCUCCGCCUCCUGAGGGGUUCUUGGAAGAGUUCCCCCCCUACCCUCCGCCCCCGUAUCCCAGCGGAGCAGAGCAGGAGAGUUUAGGGGAGGACACCUUUAACAUGAAGGCACCAGAGGUCACUGGACAGGUCACUCUGCCACCGGGCAAGAGGACCAACUUGCGCAAGGCUGGCUCCGAGCGCAUUGACCACAACAUGAGGGUGAAGUUCAACCCACUGGCUCUGCUGCUGGACUCCUCUCUGGAAGGAGAAUUUGACCUGGUCCAGAGGAUCAUCUAUGAGGUGGAGGAUCCCAGCCAGCCCAACGAUGAAGGCAUCACCGCUUUGCACAAUGCUGUCUGUGCUGGCCACACAGAGAUUGUCAAAUUUCUGGUCCAGUUUGGCGUCAAUGUAAACGCUGCUGACAGCGACGGCUGGACACCUCUCCACUGUGCCGCCUCCUGCAACAAUGUGCAAGUGUGCAAGUUCCUGGUCGAGUCUGGGGCGGCAGUGUUUGCUAUGACAUACAGUGACAUGCAGACAGCCGCUGAUAAAUGUGAGGAGAUGGAGGAGGGCUACACCCAGUGUUCUCAGUUCCUCUAUGGUGUGCAAGAGAAGAUGGGCAUCAUGAACAGGGGUGUGGUCUACGGCCUGUGGGACUACACCAGUGAGAACCCAGACGAGCUGACGUUCCGGGAGGGUGACUGCAUGACCAUAGUCCGCAGAGAAGAUGAGGACGAGAUCGAGUGGUGGUGGGCGCGCAUGGGUGACACUGAGGGUUACAUUCCCCGCAACCUCCUUGGGCUCUACCCCAGAAUAAAGCCAAGACAAAGAAGCCUGGCUUAAAACACAAAGAUCCUUGGAUAUUCCCGUCUGUUAGAUGGACUCUACCACAUGCAUGUCCACAAACACACACACACACACACACAAACACACAGGCUUUAAGAGACUGAGAGAGAACAGACCAACAAUCAAAUGAAGAAUCAAAGACCGACCAAACAACAUGAAGGAUCUUCAAGAACUAUUAACUUUCUGGCCCAACUGGCACUUUUCUUUAUCUUCAGCAGAGGAUUUCCACACUUAUUUUCCCAGACCACUCUUUGUUCUGUGUAUUUAAGACACUAAUGGCAUUAAUUUUCCUGUUUGUUUGUUGUUUUUUUUCCCUGGUUUUGCAAUCAGAUUUAAGUGUCUGAGACAAUUUAUAAAGUGACCGAACUUCAAAUAUUUGGAUGUAAAUGGAAAAAAACAGUAUUUUUACGCUAGAAACUGAUUUGUACACUUUUGAAUAGUCUUUUGAGCUUUUUUUGUCCUAUGGGUUACUGGAUACUUUCUGGUUUCAUACAGUUGGGGCUCAGCAGUGCAGGAGAUGAAUGUGUGGAUGAUGAUGAUGACGAUGAUGAUGCUUUUGAAAUGCCCUGUUUCUGUUACUGUGACAAUCUUUUGGGGCUUGGUACUUACCUUUAUCUUUGUCAAGUGACUGCCUCUGCAGUUUGGAGGUGUAAAUUUUCACUUGCAACUACCACUGUUCUAGCUGAGCAAAUAGAAAAUGAAAUGAUUGGAGUAUGUGUUGUUGAAAAACAACAGUGAAACUUUUGAAUGAAGUAUUGCUAUUGAUUCUGUGGUCUAUGAUGCCAGGAAAGCCAGCUUGUUUUCUCACACUGGCAGUGUGGCUGAGAUACCAUAGAUAUUGUGUAUACAUAUAUUGUUGUCCCAGCUACUAGUGAAACGUUUCCAUAGGAAUGAUGCUGUUGUGAAAACAGGCUUUGGAAACCCUGUUAUGAGGCAACUUGUCAUAGAAGGAGAUUUCAAAGCAGGAUGAAUUAUAAUAAUUUUAUUACAACCAUUCCAGAAGGCUAAAUAAUGUAAGAAGGCAAGCCUAAACCCAGAAAUCUAGACUUUUAUAGUGACUGGUAAAACAUGACACUCUCCAUUAUAAGGGCAGAUGAUGUUUUCUACGUCAAAUUAUGUCUCUGAUGCAAAAAGAGGAAACAUCAUUCAUUCUGAGUUUCUGAAACUCGACUCAUCACAUACCCGUCAAUGCAGAAGUAUUUAUUUUUGUUACCUUUUUUUUUCCUUUGUCCUCUUGUCAAAACUAUAACCACACAUGUAGUAUUUCUGACAUUUACAAUAAAAUACUUUGUACUA